AGUCGAGAAAGGAUUGCGCUGUGAAGCAACGAAAGCAAUAUAUAGAAGUCCGUCUAGAUUCUAUUCCUGUUUUGUUUGAAGUCGUUAAGGGAGUUUGUUCAUUGAUUCCUUUUACGAAUGUCUUCCCUUUCGGAGACGGAAUAGAGCGGAUCCAUAGCAGAAGUAGCAACAUGGGGAAUUUCAUACGGACUCACUGUACAUGUCUCAGGUGUAUCUGUCCCUGUGUCUUCAAGCCUGGUGAACUCAAAGGACCGAACCGGCCGCUCCCCCCGGAGCCGGAGCUGCCGCGCAAGAUCUAUGUAGCUUUGUACGACUACUCGGCUCGCACUCCCGAGGACCUGAGCUUCAAAGCCGGGGAAAUGCUGGAAGUUAUCGACCAGUCCCUGGACAACUGGUGGCUGGCUCGGUUACUGUGGCGAGGGGACAACAGACAAGGCUACAUUCCCAGCAAUUACGUUGCUCCUGACUGCAGUAUAGAAGCACAGCCAUAUUUCUUUGGCGGGAUCAAACGCAUAGAUGCAGAGAAACAAUUGUUAAUGACUGGAAAUGGAAACGGCUCCUUUAUAGUCCGAGAAAGUGAAAGCAAGUUGGGUGACUAUUCACUCUCAGUCCGUGAUGAAGACACUGUGAAACAUUAUAAAAUCAGGCGGUUGGAUGAGGGAGGAUUUUUUAUCACAAAAAGAGCAACCUUUCAAACAUUGACAGAGCUUGUCAACCACUAUUUGCAAAAUCAAGAUGGCUUGUGCACGCAACUUAGAGCUCCAUGCCAGAAGCUGGAAACACCAGUUACUGUUGGGUUAUCCUACAACACUGUUGAUCAUUGGGAAAUUGCACGUGACUCUCUGAAACUGAUAAAGAAAUUGGGUGCUGGAACAUUUGGAGAAGUAUGGCAAGGAGUUUGGAAUGACAGAACUCAAGUUGCAAUAAAAACCCUGAAAACUGGUACGAUGGCUAAAGAAGACUUCCUGAGGGAGGCACAAAUAAUGAAGAAACUGCGACAUCCCAAGCUUAUCCAGCUGUAUGCUGUCUGCACUGUAGAAGAACCAAUUUACAUUAUUACUGAAUUAAUGAAAAAUGGGAGCUUGCUUGACUACUUACACAAAAACCAGGGGAUGACUUUGACCAUAAAUGAUCUGCUAGAAAUGUCUGCACAGGUGGCUUCGGGCAUGGCGUACCUGGAAGCUCAGAAUUACAUCCAUCGGGAUUUAGCUGCACGGAAUGUGCUGGUUGGAGAAAACAACAUCUGUAAAGUUGCUGAUUUUGGACUUGCUCGAGUCUUUAUGACAGGAGAUGAAAAUGUUUAUGAAGCUAGAGAAGGAACAAGGUUUCCCGUAAAAUGGACUGCACCGGAAGCUAUCCAUUCCAAUAAGUUCAGCAUCAAAUCUGAUGUUUGGUCCUUUGGAAUACUAUUGUAUGAAAUAAUCACUUUUGGAAAGAUGCCUUAUCCAGGAAUGUCAAAUUACCAAGUUAUCCAGGAACUGGGAAGAGGAUACAGAAUGCCAUGCCCUUCAGAAUGUCCCCUGGCAUUGUAUGAAAUCAUGGUAGAUUGCUGGAAAGAUAAAGAUUUUGAAAGACCAACAUUUGAAACAUUGCAGUGGAAGCUGGAGGACUUCUUUGAGACUGAUCUUUCAGCCUAUACAGAUGCUAAUGUUUUUGUUAGCUAAUGUACAUAACAAAUGUUAACAUUUUAUCUGCUCUGAUCAAAUCUGAUUCAAUAUUCACAUCUUGAUACUUAUAAUUUGUGAAAGCAGUUCAAUCAUAUGCAUACCCAUUCAGUCAUAAAUCAAUUUGGGGCUAUUGCAUACACAUACUAUACAUAUAUGAAUAUAAUUUAACCUGGCUGUGCAGUCAGAAGUUCACACACAAGUGUGAAGGUUGAAUCAAAUUCCAUGCAAUUGAUCUAUAUGUUAUUUUAUAUGAACUAUACGGAUCAGAAAUGGCUGAUGUGGCACCAUUGCCAUUAGGUUAUGUAAAUGAGGGGAUCAUUGCUAUUCAAAAACAUUUAGCAUCCCCCAAAACAGCAGAUGUUGUAUGAGAGCAACAAUAGACAAUAACCAAGUGGAAAAGCAACCAGAAAGUGACACUUGGCCAGGGAGCUGCUAUAUUUUUAUGUGAGGCAGUACCUUUUGAAGAGGGGCACAGGACUAAUAAAUAUAUUAGUUGUCUGUUGUGUUAUUGCUGGGGAUGAAAUCUGCCUGCAGAAUUCUGUUCUGUCUUCUGUGUCUAAAUGAGAAGAAUAUAGAACAAAGUUGAGUAAGAUACAUAACAGGAGUUCAAUCCACUAUUGCCCAUUUCGUACCCCUGAGGAAGUUUACGUUUAUCUCCAUUAACUUCAGUUUAUACAGAAAAGUACAGUAUAGUGCUUGCUUGUGUGAUAUUUCAUUAUACGGAUUAUGUAUAACAUAUUUCACUGUUUAUGCCAAACUGUAUUCAAACAGCAGUUGAAUUUUUUGAUUUUCCUGUCCCCCUGAGUAAUCAUAGAAAUUCACACAUUAUUUCUGUAAAUAUUCUGACCAGAUAAAUGGUUGCCAUAAAACAUAACAUCACCCUUUUUGCAAAGAUUUCUCACUGAUUCAAUAUAUUUUCUGAAAUUUGGUAAAAGAAUGUGUCUCUUUCAAUGAACAAUGGAACCUACAACUAAAGGACUAUAGUAUGCCUUCAGGACAAAGUAUUGGUGAAUAUUCUCAGCAACCUACAUUGUUUCAGAAAAUUCAAUCACACGAUACUACAUGCCACACAGUCUUAAUUUGUAUAUAAUUUUAUGUUCAGAUACAGAUUUAAAUUUAUUUUGUAGAGCUGCAAGAGAUUGAAAUGUAUAUAAGCUAAUUACAUUUAAAAAUUAAACUGCAACUAAUCAUAUGUUUUGUAAAUUGUGACAAAGAAAAUUACUUGAAUCCUGAACUAUUCCAGUUUUAUGCUUUUGUACUGAAUUUGGUGCAUUAAAAUGUAGAGAUAUUCCAA